CUCGGUUGGAACUUGGAAGGCAAGAGAUGGGGGAGGCGGAAAGCUGAGCUGAGAGCGAUCAAUACACUCGUGGGUUGGAGCUAAGCUCUGCACAACACAAAUGAACAACCUUCUUCUAGUUAGCCGAUCAGCCGCCAUGUUCUACCAGCAUCGCGUUAGUCAUCUCAUGAUAUUCCCAUGCUCGUGAAACAAAUAGCAAGUCGCCAUCGCUUAGUCGUCGCCGCUAGUACCGCUCCCUCCAGCCGCACUGACUCACACGCGAAUGUGUUAGCCAUCGCUUUCGCGGGCCGCGACCUCCUCACACGCUACUAGAACCAAGCUCCUGCAGCAAAUAUCUAGGGUCGGAAAAGAUCCAUACGCCGCUUCGGGCUGACUUUUGAGUCGACUCAAAAGUCCACGCUUUUCGAGCCCUGCUAGAACCAGGGUCCUCCAGCAAAAUAGCUAAGAUCGGGAAGGAGCUAUAUGCCGCCUCGGCUGCGGCGCAGCGCUACUACAGAAAAUAAUUCUGCGCCCUCCUUUGCACCAUCGUACCCCGCACCUAGCCGCCACCGUGAGACCCGUCGCCCUAGUAGUAGAACCUACCAAGUGGUCCCGAAAGGGCUAUAUCUCACCCUCUCCCCGCCCAUCGUCCCCUUUGUCAAAGUGAUCUAAGUGAUCUCAGUGAUCUAAGUGAUUAGUCUUUCCUACGUUCCAAUAGCGGAGGUCUCGCCAGUGGUGAGUUCAAUUUCCCCUCCGCGUCUGUUUCGCCGAUGGCGCGCCCCCGUCGAGCCGCACUUAGCGCGAUGGCUGCGUGGCUUCUGCUCCUCAUCGCAAGUCCCGCGGCUCCCCGCCGGGCCUCCGCGUUUCGCUUGACGCAGGAGCCCCACGACCACCGCUAUGCGUCCGCGUUUCAAUCAUCUCCGCGGCAGCGCGACGCGGCGCAUGAUCGUCAUCGUAACGAUGGAAGCUCCACGACUCUCGGCGAGUCCGCCUACCGCGAUGCAUUCGACCUGGAUUCCACCUACCGCGAUUUCGCUCACGACACGUUGGAUGAUGACUCCCUACGAAGCGCCCCUCUUGAAUUUACCUACCGCGACGCGUUCAGUGGAGACGCCUCCACCGCCGCCUCCACCGCCGCCUCCACGAGUGGGAGUCGUGAUCCCGCGGCGCUCAUCGCCACGUCAGCGGGCUUGGCGUACCCAAUGGCGGCUCCCAUCUACGUGGCCAAGUCGCAGUUGCCCGUGAUGAUGUCACUCAAGGCCACGUGGUCGAAAUACGCGGAUCUCAGCUCGUGGGACGGCUCCAAGCCGUGCGAUCAAUGGACUAGAAUCACGUGCUGGACCGACGGCACCAUCAGGCGCAUGGAGAUGAGCGGUCUGGGCCUGAAAGGCAGUCUGCCCGGCAUUAUCGGCGACCUCACCACCCUACAAGAACUCCUCAUUACCAAGAACUGGCUUACCCACGAGUUCCCCAACUCGCUCUCUAAGCUCGUUCGCCUGCAGAACCUCCAAGUAUGGAGCAACUACUUCAACCACACCAUCCCGCCUGGGCUGGGCAACUUGCGCAGCCUGUACCAGCUCCAUCUCAACAUCAACUAUUUCAAGGGCGGCAUUCCCAGCACCUUCUCGCGCCUCACCAACCUCUACAGGCUCUUUGUGGCGUCCAACCUCCUCUCCGGCACCUUCCCCAGCGUCAUCUGCACCAUGACCACUCUGAGGGAAUUGCGCAUCAGUGGCAACCAUUUCGAGGGCACCAUCCCUGCCUGUGUCAGCCGGCUGAAGCUCCUCUACUACAUGUACGUGGACACCAACCGCUUCACAGGCCGGCUGCCCAACUCCAUCGGCACCAUGGCCAACCUGCAAAACCUCUUCAUCAACCAGAACAGCAUCAGCGGCCCACUCCCCGCCACCAUCACUCGCCUCAGGAAGCUGCGCAUUCUCUUCAUGAGCAGCAACCCGAAGCUCACAGGCAGGCUGCCACGUAACCUGGGCAACAUGGUUGGACUCACGGACCUGGUGAUGGAGUUUUGCAACUUUUCCGGCCCCAUCCCACCGUCGAUCACUCGCCUCACCCGCAUGCAGCGGCUGCUCUUGGACAACAACUAUUUCCGGGGACCAGUGCCUGAUGGCAUCAGCAGGCUCACGGAUAUCACCAUUCUGUACCUGGAGCGCAACUUCCUCUAUGGCACGUUCCCCAAGGGCAUUUCUCUGCUGCCCAAACUGGCCUACCUCAAUCUGCACAGCAACUUGCUCACAGGCCCUCUCCCCACCAACUUCCCCAAUGCCUGGUUCCCCGAAUGGGGGCAGUACAACCUGCGAGACAACUUCUUCAACGGGCCUGCAGUGGUAACCGCAGGCGGGCGGGCCUUUUGCCCGGUCAACGCCACCUACAGAUCCAUAUUUUUCGAGUCGUCUCUUGCUAAGAACUGUUUGACUUACCCUGCUGGGAGCCCGUGCGUGAAAGCGGGGGUGGUGCAAGUGCAGGUGCCGACUCAUGUAUGCAAGAGGUUUUGUAACGCGGAUACCAACACAUGCGGGGGGAAGGGGUACUGCUGGUUUGGCGGUGGGAGGAGCCCGUCUUGUGAUUGCUUUAGAGGGUACAAGCCCACUGCUGAUAAGCUUUCCUGUGUGAAAGCUUGACAUAUAUGCUUUGUAGAAGUGUUAUAGCACGAGGUCAAGCUUUUUUUUUCUAUCUUCACUUGUUUUGUAUUGCCAUUUCUUGGAUCAGGGUACUUGCUAUCGGUAAUU